UGUUUUUUAUUUUGAGCAUCAGUUGUCAUUUCUACUGGCAAGCCACUGAGAAUAAUGGGAAUUGUGGACUUUAGGACUAAAUGUUUUUGUCUGUGGAUAGAUAAGCUUAUAGCUGGUUUGGGGUUUAGUGUCUUGUUCAAGGGCACGUCAACGUAUGAUGGGUUUAGGGAUUAAAGUGCAGACCUCCCUGGUGAUAGAAAAAGUGUUUAGGAAGGUGAAGUUAAUCAGAUGAAAAAAAACUUUAUGAACCCCCAGAUGAAAAUUAUAAAUGAGGCCCAUUGAAAUAUUUCUAAGCAGAAACCCAAAGAAAAGGACGUGAAAGGAGGGAAGGAUGGACUCUAUCUCCAUGAUGGGCUGCAACAGGAGUCCGCUGUUCCUCACAGCUUCCUCCUCUCACCACUUCCACCACUCUCAUUCCUGUACGAUGUCCAACGGGGUGAGGAGCAGAGCUGCAGAUGCAGGGACCUCCUGUCCGAUGCCUGCUCAGCCCACGGUAGCCAUCCUGGGCUCAGGCGACUUUUCUAAGUGCCUGACCAAUCGCCUGCUGCGCCGUGGCUUCGGCGUGGUGGUGGGCAGCCGCCACCCCAAACUGGCAGCCCAGUCGUUUCCUCACGUGGUUGACGUGACGCACUAUGAAGACGCUGUGAGGAAGGCCAACAUCGUGUUCCUGGCCAUCCGGAGAGAGCACUACUCUACUCUGUGGGACCUCAAACAUCUGAUGGAAGGUAAGGUCCUGGUGGAUGUGAGUAACAACAGGAGGGUGAACCAGUAUCCGGAGUCCAAUGCUGAGUAUCUGGCGUCACUGCUGCCCGACUCUGUUGUGGUCAAAGGCUUCAACGUCAUCUCAGCCUGGGCCAUGCAGCAGAGCUACCCCAAAGACGCCAGUACGCAGGUGUUCAUCUGCAGCGACUCAGUGGAGGCUCGUCAUCAGAUUAUGGAAUUAGCUCGCCAGCUGCACUUCCAGCCCGUGGAUAUGGGCCCCCUGUCUUCUUCCAGAGACAUCGAGAACAUCCCAAUACAGUUGUUUUCCGGCUGGAAAGGCCCCGUCCUUGCUGCUGUGGCCCUGUCCAUCUUCUUCUUUGCUUAUUCUUUUGUACGAGAUAUAAUCCACCCCUACGUUAAGUACAAGCGAAGUGACUUUUACAAGAUCCCGAUAGAGAUAGUGAAUCGAACUCUUCCCACUGUCGCCAUCACUCUCCUGGCCCUGGUGUACCUCGCAGGCCAGCUUGCGGCUGCUCACCAGCUCUAUUAUGGUACCAAGUACAAACACUUCCCACCCUGGCUGGAAGGCUGGCUGCAGAGCAGAAAACAGCUCGGCCUCAUCAGCUUUUUCCUGGCUGCUGUCCACGUUCUCUACAGCCUCUGUCUGCCUCUCAGGAGGUCUGAGAGGUACCUGCUGCUCAACACCGCCUACCAACAGGUUCACGCUAACGUGGAGAACGUGUGGAACGAGGAGGAAGUGUGGAGGGUAGAAAUGUACGUUUCCUUUGGGAUCAUGAGUUUUGGGCUCAUGUCUCUUCUGGCUAUCACCUCCAUCCCUUCUAUCAGCAGCACUCUCAACUGGAGGGAGUUCAGCUUCAUACAGUCCACUCUGGGUUACAUCGCCCUUCUUAUCGCCACCCUCCAUGGCCUGCUGUUCGGCUGGAAGCGAGCCUUUGAGGAGGAAGCCUACCGUUUCUACCUGCCCCCCAGCUUUGUGGUGGCCCUGGCACUGCCAGUGUGCGUCAUACUGGGGAAGGUGCUGAUGUUGCUCCCCUGUGUGGCCAGCAAGCUCCACCAGAUCCGUAAGGGUGUGGACAGCAGUCAGUACAAGUGUCAGCGACUGGAACCGGUGGGCUCAGCUGCCAACGUUUCACCUGAAAGAGUCACCAUCAUGUGAUCCCUGAGAUUUCAGAUUUACUGCUCUGGUCAUGUUUUAUGGAUGGAAAUGAAUAUUUUUGUCACUUCACUGAGAACGGUUUCUCCAUCAUGUUCAUGGUGCCGUUGUGUUGCUGUUCAGUCCGUCUGCUGACACUGUUUCACUUUAUGUUACAUCUGUGUUCCUUAUAAAAGUACAAGUGAUAUUUUACUGCAUCAACACACUAAAACUAGUGAAAUGUUGUGUCUUUUUCCUCUGGAGACACAUUUUUAUCCAGUGACAUGAAAAAUAUCUUUUGUUUUCCAGGUUUAAGCUCAGUGCUAGUUAGUUGCCAUUUUCUUUUUCUUUAUUGGAAACAGUUCUCACUCUGUGACUAUGUCCCACAUCAAACUGUGAAAAACAUGUUUUCAGGUUUUGAGUCAGAGUAUAUUUGUGCUCUUGUGUGUUAUUCUGUAUGUUUGACUUGAAUAUUGUGUCUGUUGUGCUCUGAUGGAGGAUCUCUAUUUCUUUAAGAAGUUAAACUUAGUUUUCUAAACUGUUCUGAUAUUGAGGGAAGCAUGGAUGAGUGGCACAACGUUGUGCUGGUUAUCACUAUCACCUCACUGCAAGAAGAUUCACAGACUGAAUCUGUGUGGAGUUUGCAUGUUCUACCUCUGCCUGCUUUGAUUUUCUUUGAGUCCACCCCAUACGAUCCAA